AUGACUACCGUGGAAGCCCAGUCAAUAGUUAAGGAAUUGUCUGAGUGGGAGUUUCCCCUGCUCUUCCGAAUGUCGCUUCAGUUUGCCUUGUUCAAGACCUAUGGCAUUCCAACUAUUUCCAGUUUGCUCGUAGCGACGCGCAUGUUCAGCAACCCCGAGAAUGCGAGUAAACGAUACGAAGAUACAUCAGUUCUAAUAGGCGAAUUUAUGGCCCACGCGCCAAACGAGGAGCGAACUCGACAAGCAAUAGGAAGGAUGAAUUCAUUACACAGUCCUUAUAUCAAGGCUGGAAAGAUAUCCAACGAAGACCUUCUGUAUACACUGAGCGUUUUUGUAACAGAGCCUAUCAAUUGGAUUAACACAUAUGAGUGGCGGCAACUCACAGACAUGGAGAUUUGUGCCCAGGGCGCAUUCUGGAAAUCCAUUGGUGACGCAAUGAAUAUAAAGUACUCAGGACACUUGAAACGACACACCUGGAAAGACGGCAUUGAGUUCUAUGAAGACAUUGCUGACUGGGCAAUGCAAUACGAGUUGGAACACAUGGUGCCGGCAGCAACAAACAAACAAACCGCCACUGAGCUCUUUGCACUAUUGCUAUUCUACGUUCCCAGGUUUCUUGUGCCAUUCUCGCACCAGAUUAUCGGCGUUCUUAUGGGUGAACGUCUAAGACGAUCGAUGAUGUUAGUUCCCCUAUGCUCCCUUCCCAAAUCCUCUCAAUUGCUACAGUGA